AUGGCUUCGGCAUAUAGCUGCUAAGAUACUGACUGAGAUAUUAACUAUUCACCCCAAGCAGAAAAGGAACAUACAUUCUAUGCUUUUUAACUUGGGAUUCAUCUGAAAAAUGGCAAGAAUCAGCAUGAUUUUCUGUCUGUUGGGCGCUCUCAGUCCUUCACUGUUGUAUCACCAUUAUGUUUUUGUAAAACAAAAUAUGACGUGGCUUGAUGCUCAGAAUUAUUGUCAAACCAAAUAUACUGACCUGGUAACAAUCCAAAACCAGAGUGAGAUGGAUUACGUUAAUGAUAUUAUCAAAGGAGCAGAAAGUAAAGGAGUAUGGAUAGGUUUAUACCGCAACACCAGCACUCGCCUGUUUCUGUGGUCCAAUGGAGAUCAGUUUAUGUAUUCACAAUGGCGUAUCUCACAUCCUGGAAAUGAUAAGCACCUGUGCACUGCCAUGUUGGCAGAGUGGACUAACUACUUGUGUAACGAAACAUUUUUUUUUGUCUGCUUUCAAGACAGCAGCAACUCCUACUACAUGGUGAGUCAGGCAAAGAACUGGACAGAAGCCCGGGACCACUGCAGAGCACAACAGGCAGACCUUGUCAGCAUCAGGAAUGAAACUGAAUUCCAGACAGUGAAAAGUAUCAUAGCAGAUAAAACCACAUGGAUAGGACUGUACUGGGCUUCCUCCAGUGGCCAGUGGCAGUGGGCAGAUGGAUCAUUUUCAUCUUAUCAGAACUGGGAUUAUAUUCAACCAGAUGGGACUGAAAACACCUUGUUUUGUGUACAAGUAAAUGUAAAAGAUCCAGUUCUUUCAUUUGGAAAAUGGGAUGACAUUCCUUGUAGAUAUCAAUUUAAUGCUAUUUGCUAUCAAGAUGUGAAUUUUUACCUGAUAAAAAAGAAAAAGACAUUUCUGGAGGCUGUAUUCUACUGCAGCAUGUACCACACUGACAUUGUAAGUAUACAGCAUAAGGGUGAACAGCUGCAGAUUGCAAAUGUUGCCAGCGAUGCCAGUGGAGAUGGGGUCUGGAUUGGGUUACGCAAGCAUCAGGUUUCUGAGAAAUGGAUCUGGAUGAAUAAAGAUCCUGUUUGCUACACCAACUGGGAUAAUAGUAAUACAGAGAAACCAGAAUCAUAUCACUGUGCAGUGACGAGUAAAGAGAAAAACUUUACCUGGAGUAAGACUUGUUGUUCUUCAAGAUACAUGUUCAUCUGCUACUAGUAAAUAUCAGAAUAAAAGAGAGCAUUUAUAAUAACCUGAAAUUCUUUUGGCUUUAAAUGAUGGAAACUGUCUAUCCUUUAACGAUAAGCUUAAGAUAUGACUCUUAUUGAAGAGUAACUAGCUAACUGAAUAGAUAUUAUCAGUACUUUGGAAUCUAUGUAAGGUACUUAAGUUUGGAAAUAAGUAAUGCUGUGAAUUAAGAUAUCCUUGUCUGCUACCUUGUCUGUCUGUACUUGAGCUCCCUAUCAUACAUAUUGUCAUGUGAGAAACACAUCUGUGGGCCCCAAAGUGCCCUCGUGAAAAA